AUGACACAGUUUCUAGUUGCUAUUCCAAUUGUCCCAACCAUUCGCGUCCUUGUUACUUUUACAAAGUUUGAGGAGCUUCAGCCAGCGGAGGAGUUCUCAACUCCUCUUUCCAGCCCUGCACAUUUCCAAGAUGCCAAGUCUAAGGACUCAGAAGGGUCCACAUCGUGGAUUUCAUGGAUGAGAGGAAGCCGUGGUGGGCAAUCAAGCGAUGGUGAAAGUCGCAGCUUCAGGGAUGAGAUUGACCCGUUCCUCAUACCAUUAGAUUAUGCUUGGGUUGAUGCAAAUGAGAAAAAACGUCGGAUGAAAGCCAAGAGAGCAAAGAGCAAGAAACAUAAAAAACAAGCGGCUGCCAGAAAUCCGGAUGGUAGCCGUCAGGUGAGUGAGGAUAUGGAAGAAUAGGGGCACAAAAAAUUCUUAUCGGUACAAUGCUCCUUCUGGAUCUUGUACAAGAAGAGGGGGUGUAAAGCCCAUACCUUGCAUGUAUGGCUUCUAUCAUUCAUUCGGGUGUGGUAGAAUGGUUGGUUCAUGUGAAAUUAUUAGGAGAUUGCUUCUUGUUGCUGAAGAAGAUCCUAGCUUCUUCAUUGUCGUAGUAUUAUUAUGUGAUGUGAAAUUGGUGAGCAACAGAAUCUCCUUUUUGUUUUUUCUUCAAAGCUUGUUUCUGAGCUAAUUCUUAUUAUAUAACUAUUAUUAAUGAUUCAAUAUUGUUUAAAAUCAAAA